AUGGAUUGGACCAUUAUCGCCGUUAACGAUCGCAGUUCACCAGCAACAUUUGUGUCAACGUCGUUCGCAAAAUUUAAAUUGGAAGAUGGUGACGCUAUGAUGGAUAUUUUGAACCCUUUACAGAUAAGCUUCAUGUUACGAACUCGUUCAUUAUCAGGUCAAAUUAUUUAUUUGAAAACUCCAACUUCUUUCCUAUCCACUUCGCUGGAAGAUGGUUUACUCAUCUAUGAGGCAUUGAUAAAUGGUGAUAUGAGAAAGCAAAAGACAAAUCUGGUAGUAAAUGAUGGCAUAGUGCGAAGUAUCGAUAUCAACCGAAACGGUCUACAUAUCGAUGGCAAACUCAGUGCCGUGAAUUUAUCAUUUUCUCUACCGAUCAAUAUUUUUAAUCUCAUCGAUAAUUUCACCUUGAUAAUUGGACAACGAAGUGAUAAAAUAUCAUCAUUUGAUGUAAGGUUGCCUAGAAAAUCUACAGAUUGGAAUGGCUCCGCCGAUUUCUUUUUUAUUGGUAAUCAAGCUGGUGGUUUGUUGGAAAAUACCACACAUUUCAAGCUAAUUAAGCGUCGAAAUAUCAUAGAUAAUCGUUGCUACGCUGACGAUCUCUGCGGUUUGAUAAAUCCAUGCAAAAAUGAUGCAGUUUGUCUUGAUUUAUGGAACAAACGAGUGUGCCAAUGUCGACCUGGUUUUACUGGGACUUUUUGUGAGGCACGAAUUAAUAGAUGUGAGAAUCAUAAUUGUAAAUUUGGCGCAUGCAUUAAUGGUGUCGACGAAUAUAGCUGUGUGUGUUUGCCUGGGUACGGUGGACAAUUUUGCGAUGAAGAAAUGAAUUUAUGUAAGUUAUCACCAUGCUUGAAUGGUGGAAACUGUACAACGGCAAAUGGCAAAUAUAAUUGUGACUGUCCAAUUCACUUUGUCGGAUCACGCUGUCAAGCACAUAAAUCAUCAAAAUGUUUUCCUUCGCCAUGUGAAAAUGGAGCGAACUGUACGGUAAUUAAGGAUACAUUCAAAUGUGACUGUCCACUAGGUUUUGGUGGUAUGCUUUGCGAUGUACAAAAGGAUAUUUGUCAGUCAAAUCCAUGCAAAAAUGGAGCGAUAUGCUUGUCAAAAGAUGGUGAUUUUGAAUGCAUAUGUGCCAAUGGUUAUGAGGGUCGAAUUUGUGAUGAAAUGAGGGAUUACUGUAGCACGUCACCCUGUGCACAUGGGCAGUGUAGAACGGUAACUGACAACUUCUUAUGUAAUUGUGAACCGGGUUGGAACGGUGAACACUGCGAUAUUGAUAUCAACGAAUGUAUGCGAUUUCCUUGUGAACAUGAUGGCAACUGCACCAAUACACCUGGAUCAUAUCGUUGUAGCUGUGACAGCUAUCAUUUAGGAGAACAUUGUGAAAUAGUGGGCAGUUGUGUAGAGAAACCGUGUGGUGAUAACGGUGAUUGCAUACAGCAAACAUCUAUUACACAUUCAUGUGUCUGCAGACGGGGAUAUACUGGUGAUACAUGUGAUAUGAUUGUUGAUUAUUGCAGUUCAAGUCCAUGUGAAAAUGGUGCUACUUGUCAAGGAGAACAUUGUGAAAUAGUGGGCAGUUGUGUAGAGAAACCGUGUGGUGAUAACGGUGAUUGCAUACAGCAAACAUCUAUUACACAUUCAUGUGUCUGCAGACGGGGAUAUACUGGUGAUACAUGUGAUAUGAUUGUUGAUUAUUGCAGUUCAAGUCCAUGUGAAAAUGGUGCUACUUGUCAAGGGUUUAUUGGUGGCUUCAGCUGCUCAUGCUUAGCUGGCUUUACAGGAGAAACAUGUUCAGUGGAUAUUGAUGACUGUGUUAGUGAAGUGUGUCACAAUGGUGGACAUUGUACUGAUCGAGUAAAUGGAUACGAAUGUGACUGUGACGGUACAGGUUAUCAGGGUACUAGCUGCACUGAGGACAUCAAUGAAUGUGAACAGGGCGUUUGUGUCUACGGUAGAUGCACCAACUUGAUUGGCUCAUAUAAUUGUGUUUGCGACACGGGAUAUAUCGGAAAACGAUGCACUGUGGAAGAUCCAUGCGUUCCGGAUAGUCUGAAUCGAACGAGACACGACUGUGUGCAUGGUGCAUGUGUCCGCCCUGCUAUCAGCAUGAAAAAUGAUAUAGAGGUGGCAAGUUAUGAAUGUGAAUGUGAAUUCGGCUAUGGCGGAGAUUAUUGCAUCCACUUAAUCGAGAAGAGCAGGUCGAUUUCAUUGGGUUACAUAAUUGGACCGUUACUGGCCCUUGUAAUGUCACUACUAAUCAUUGGCUUUGUGUUAUUGGCAGUAGUAAUGAUUCGUGGACGACGUGCAACUCAGGGUACUUAUAGUCCAUCUCAUCAUGAAAGUAGUAUUUCACGAAUGCCGAUGAAUUCAAUGCUCAAAUCUCCGCCUGAGGAGAGACUGAUAUAGUAAUUAUAAUGAAGCCUUAAAGUAAUCACUUUUACGGGUUUGACAAUGUGCC